ACUGGGCAACGAAAGAUCCAAUUACAAACAUUUGUAUACAAGAUCCAUCAGACUCCACCAAUGAUAUAGCGCGUUCAACGAAAAAUAUGCGCAUAAUUCAGGACGAAUUCCAGCACGCAUUCGAACGCUUGGCCACUCGGGUCGGCUAUUUGGAACGUUGUACACCCCGCGAUGAAGAUGGUACAUUUAAGGACCUGCAAAGUCAGUCAAUAUUAUCUUCUAUUGUCUACAUUAAUGCUGAUAUCCGAAAGCGUCGGGAUCAACUUUACAAGGAUUAUAAAAACGGUGUCCUUGGCAGUGUAUUGUCUCAGUAUGGAACAGACCCUUCCCGGUUUCUACGGCAUCGUGAUGUCGACAUUAUCAUAGACACGUUCAGGUUUGAAAUUGCGGAAGCUGAUCGUUUAAGAAAUUUUAAAUUUGCACGGAUAAGAAGUAAAAAUGAUAGGCAUUAUAUUCCGCCAUCUCCAAAAAAGCGUGAAAGAUCACCAGUGUAUAUUGAAGAAAGUUCGGAUAUGGAAAUGUCCGAUGAAUUUAUUUCGGAUUAUUAUAUUCCAAAUGACAAGAAGUUUAGAAAUGUUACUGAUGAUUACAAUGGGAAAAGGAGAUCAAAGAAAAGACAUAAGCGAGAUAGGGGAGAUUAA